CAGACACAAAUGGGCUAAACAUUAACAACACAAACAUUCAUACGUUUUACCUACCACCUCGCCUGGAAAUCCGUCGCGAGUUUGAGAGAGGAAGAUGCCAAGGACACGGUGUUUCCUGCACCUCCAAGGGCAAUUGCACAGAAGUUGUUUGUUUUGGGGACCCUUUCAAAGAGGUUAUGCAGAGAGCAGUGAUGUGGGCUGGUUUCGGUCAUUUUUUGUACACAAAGUAGAUUCCAGGAAAGAUGCCCACUCCAAUCUCUUGUCCAAGAAAGAGACCAGCAGCCUCUACAAAAUUCAGUUUCACAACGUAAAGCCAGAUUGCCUAGAUGCCUACAACAGUCUAUCGGCUGAGGUUCAGAACCAACUCCAUCAUGACGAGAGCUACCCCUGUGAGGUGAUUGGAAGCUGGAACACUUGGUAUGGCGAGCAAGACCAGGCUGUGCACCUUUGGAGAUAUUCAGGAGGGUACCCAGCUCUUACUGAGUGCUUGGACAAGUUGCACCACAAUAAGGAAUAUAUGGAGUUUCGUAAGGAGAGAAGCAAAAUGUUAGUCUCACGUAAAAACCAACUCCUUCUGGAAUUCAGUUUUUGGAACUACCCGACACCCCGAACUGGUCCGAACAUAUAUGAACUUCGUUCCUAUAACCUCAAGCCCGGCACAAUGAUUGAGUGGGGAAAUCACUGGGCUCGGGCCAUCACGAGUCGCCAGGAGAACAAUGAGGCUGUUGGUGGCUUCUUUACUCAAAUUGGAGACUUGUACAUGGUCCAUCAUCUGUGGGCUUAUAAGGACCUACAGACCAGAGAGGAAACCAGGAAUACUGCCUGGCUGAAGGAGGGCUGGGAGUCAACAGUUUAUUACACAGGAGAGGAAGGAGGGAGAGAGAAGGCAGUGCAUAAUUUCUCAGGAAUAAUGACCAUGCCUUUGAUCCGAAGUAUGGAGUCCAGGAUCAUGAUUCCAAUGAAGUUCUCUCCACUACAAUAAAGCAUUAAGGAGCCUAAAGACAGAAUAUUCUGCCUUGACAAGGAUUAUAUCCAUAGGAUCCUACUGUCAAGCUGCUGGGUAGCGAUCAGUUAGACUGGAGCAUGAUAUAUAGGACUGGGUGAUAAUUUAUAGAUUAUGUGAUUGGAUUUGUCAAUAAAUUAUCUUUUUGUUGAAA